AUGUGCAUUUUAAUGGCCACUAGAGCCCAUCCAAACUAUGACUUAGUGUUGCUUUCAAAUAGGGACGAAUUCUUCGCUAGAAAGGCAGGAGCUGCUGCUUGGCGACGUGAUAACUACGUUCUAUCCCCUUGUGAUGUGGCUCUGAGGCCGCUGUCACAGAAAGAUUUUGGUACAUGGAUUGGUGUGAAUAGAAAUGGCAGAAUUGCCACGAUUUUGAAUUUGAGAUUGAGUGAUCCAAGUAAGGCGAGGCCAGCUCUCUGCAUGAGAUCCAGAGGCAAAAUUCCAACGACAUUUCUUUCGGCUUCAGAAUCCAGCUUCGAUGAGUGGAAUUCAUACGAGAAAUAUUGCCAGCAGUUGCCCAGUUUAAAGGAUACUGGCGACUUCAAUUUUUUCUAUGGAGAUUGCACUAAGGGCGAAUACGUAAUUAUCGAUUCACUGGGAGACACUUUCCAAGUGCUUCGAGAAAAUGACGAUGAGUACAUGGUGGUGUCCAACGACAAGUUCAAGAAUGAGCAUGGCGACGGACCAAGGUGGCAGAAAGUCGAUCUUGCAGCUCAGACGUUACGCAAACUGGUUGCAGAUACCAACGUCGGGAGCGAAGAAUCGCUGAUACAGAAACUUUUCGAAGUUGCGUCAGUAAAUUCUCUUCAGCGAGAAGACUAUGAGAUUCGCCACGAAAAGGCUGCAGAGUUAGCCAUGAGGACAGUCUUUGUCCCACCUCUAAAAGUCUCCGCUAAUGAUGACCUCGGAACUUCAGUUCCUAUCGGUACUUACUAUGGUACUCGUUCACAGACACUCAUUCUCGUGAGCAAGGAUCGCUCUCAUAUCACUUACGUGGAGAGAAUAAUCCAUGACUGUGAUCUGGACGCGCAGCAGUUUGAUUCACAUCGAACGAAGACUGAAAACAGGUAUGAUUUUGACCUGCAGCGCUAG